CUUCCACUUUAGUAGCUGAAGCUCCGACAGUAACCUUUCUGUCAUGUGCUGUUGAGGCUUUAUUCAGGAAGGUUGACACAACAAAGAAAGUCUGCAACGAAUCAACUGCUGAGCCAGCAGAAGUGUUUCGAAAUCAAUACCGUUAAUGGGAAGUAAAAGUUUCUCUUCGUGACUCUGGCGUCCACCCGCAGUCGAGCUGAAACCAGGCCUGACCGGCACACCUCGCAUCACUACAGAUCCAGGAGAAAUUACAAAAUGAAGUACGUUUCUGGAUUCCUUUCAAUCAUUAUUGCAUUGUUCAUCACUUCAACAGGGGCUGAAGAUGUGAUGGUGUAUGGUCAGGUGGGAGGGACGGUCACUCUCCCCAGAUCGAAGUGGGGUUCAGAAAAGGUGUUGGUACAAUGGUACCUUGGGAUGGACACAAAAUCUUUGAUAUCCCGCAACUCCCAUGGUCGAGAGACGACAGAUCCACUGUGGAAAGACAGGCUGUCUCUGUCAAAGACGGACUUCUCCCUGAUCAUCAACAACAUCAGACUGGAGGACUUCMAAUCCUUCAGAUGUGAACUGAAAGAUUUCAGGCCAACACCAUUUACCUCAGUCACCACAUUCAGACUGUCCCAUGUGAGUGUACAGCCAGUCUCUCCCCUGUUGGCUGGGAAGAAUCUUAAUCUGAAGUGUGACAUAGGGGAAAUAUUUGAGGGGACACAGAGAARAUGGCUUAGUCCCCAGAAACAGGACCUGAGCAAGGACACGCGUGCMCAGAUCAGAUUUGACAGCAGCCUGACAGUAAUGAAGGUCACUGGCCAAGACCAUGGAGAGUGGACCUGUGUGGUGACAUACCAGGGCAGGGAAGCCUAUGCCAACACCCAUGUUACUGUAAUAGACCUCUCCCCCGCUCAUCCACAGCCUAUCUACACCUCUGUCUCCUCCCUCUCUCUUCUCCAUCUGCCAUGUUUCUUUUCCGUUCCUCCUCCUCUAUCCUGGUCAGAGAGCCAGGAAAAGAGCAUCCAGGGAGGCCGCUGGACCUUUACCCCAAGCCCAGCGGCAGGCUCCCUCACUGGGGUUGUCCAGACCCUCGUCAACCUCUCCAUGGGGCCUCCAUUAGCCUGGGUGGUCAAUCAGAAGAGAGGGCUGGAUGUCUCAGCCCUGCAGAGGAAAAAUCUAAACCUCUCCCUGUCAAAGAAAGGGGUGACGGAGGGGGACAGGGGCGAGUACACCUGCACUGUGGAAUUCCAGAGGGACGACACACUGAAGAGAAGUACGUGUGUGGAGGUGCUACAGGGUAAGUCAAGCUUUGCGGCAGUCCUGAAAAAAUGUCCUUCUCCUUCCUUCCUACCUUCUUUACUUCCUAACUUGGUUGCUACCUUCCUUCCUCCCUCCUUUAAUUAUCCCCUUGCUUAUUUCCCCCUUCUUUCUGCCUACAAAGUGAGGAGUGACAGAUCACUUUGAUUUGUCAGCUUUCAAUUGUUCAAUCAGUACCUCCCGCCAUCUCUCUAACCUUCCCUUCUUCCCUCUCUAUUCCUCUAUCCCUCUUUCUCCUUUCAUUGACCCGUCAGACCAGCGUCAUGGCAAUGCUAUUCCCCUUUUCUAUGCUUCUGUUUAUUACACCCAGACAGUUUUCUCAUCUCCUUCUGUCGAUCAUUGGGAACAGUCUGUCCCCGGAGUAUUSUGUCCUGUGUCUAAUUCAGUGGAUAGUACACUUGUCUGGCUCCACUUGUUUUAAUAGGGUAUUGUCACACUGGUAACAAGGAUUCGGGAGACAGGCGCAGGAAUGCGUAAUAGUUUUUUUUAUUACGCCCCAAAUUACAGCGUGGCAUGUAAAGGCACAGGGGGACGAAGACCAAACAAACACGUAACAAAACACAGGGUUG